GCGGCUCGUGUGAUGCGCGCGGAAUGGGCUCAACAUGGCGGAAACUUUAGCGCUUACUUCGGUUCUUACGGUCUCUCUGCAGAUUGAGUUUCUUAUGAAGUUUCCCGGAGGAGUUGUUAUGGAAGCACCGGCGUCAGACGAGAGCCAGUGAAGCCCCGGUGAAGAUGAACGGCGCAGAGCUCCAGGCGUCCGCUGCACCCCUGCCCUCAGAUCAGCUGCUGCGCUCCGGAGCGGUCAUAUUCCCCGGAGCCUUUGACCAGCACGGCUGUCCUCUGGUGGUGUUCCCCGCGGAGGCUCAGGGUAAACUCCCAGAGGAGCUCAGUAGAGAGGAGGUGUCCCACUUCAUACACUACUGUCUGCGCCUGCACAAUAUACGAGGUGAGGAGAGCCUGCUGUCUGUGGUGGUUGAUCUGAGGCAAGCCAACCUCUCCAUCGCACGCUUCAUCGCUGAGACUCUCCUGUUGCUGGAGGUCUCCAGAAGGGUCAUACACUCGGUGUAUAUUGUUCAACCAAAGAAGAAAGAUGUCCUGAAGCUGCUGGGGAAACUCCUGACGUCCAGUGGCUCCAAGCAGCACAGACCCGUCCUCUUCAAACGUGUCUUCGUCAAAGAGGUUUUUGAGCUUUCCAACUACAUCGACCGAAGCCAGUUACCGUCUAGUUUGGGCGGAUACCUCGUUUACUGCCAUAAGAGCUGGGUCGCCUUCGUUAAGGAGAUGGAUGCGUUUGUGCAGGAGUUCCUGUUGGUGGUGAAGCGCCUGCCGUCCUGUAUCUGGAGUCUGCAGGCGCUCUCGAAGCGUCCCGUCCCAGCAGAUCUGGAGCGUCUGCAGGAGUUCUGCUGUGUGAACCAGGCCCACUUCCAGCAGCUGCGCAGGGAUCUUGGUCUGGAUGACUUGUUGAAGCACUGCGAGGGUUUGUUGGAGAAGCUGCGGUUCCCUGAGAAAGAGCCCUGUUUCCAUGCGAUGGCAGGAACGCUGCUCUACACACACACCUCACUAGAGAUGCUCCACAACUACAACAGGAUCACUGCGGCGGUGGAGAAGGUGGAGUUACUGUGGCAGCAGGUGUUCUCCAGAGCACACGUCCAGCUGCAGCUCCUCCAUCUGCAGAGAGACGCCCAGCAGAUCCAGGAGCAGAUGUGUGUGCUGUACAGGGAGAAGGUUGAGCCCUACAGGAUUGAAGUGGCUACAGACGUGCACCGAGCUGAAGAGAUCCGGCUGGAGUUUGAGGCUUCAGUAUACACUCAUGCAAUGGCGCUGGUUCGUCGUGCGGAGGACGUCAUGCACACGUUAGCGGAGACGGUUCCCUUCAGCGAGAGGAAGCCUGCGGAGCCGUGGCUGGAGGAUCUGGAGCGACUGAAGGGGAAGCUGUCCUCUGCGGUUCAGCGUCUGUAUCAGACUCUCAGCACCGUGUCUGACUUCCAUCACACCUGCAACAGAUGUCAGGGCUGGUACGCUGCAGUGCUGUGCGAGAGCCUCCUGCAGGAGCUGCUGUGGUCUGGACACAGUGAGCUCAGACGAUCUCCAGACCUGUCCAGCUGCAGGAGACGAGUGCAGAGCUUCCUCAGGACACACCCCUGCCCCGAGGUGCAGGAGCUGGUGAAGCUGGCUCAUCUGUCCAACGCUGUGAGCGACCCGCAGCUCCGGCUCACUGGCACACAGCUGUCUCACAGAUGCAUGACCCUGAGGAGACUCUUGACCUCCCCUGGAGCUGUUCCCCUUCACGACCUUCAGCUCGCCCUCCAGUGGCAGUACCAGUUCCUCAGGGGUCACCACCAGACCUCUGACAUCACUUCCCCCGAGGACGAGCGGGUGUCCUGCGGUCUGCCUCCAGACUCGGCCGCUCAUGCUGUUCUUCAGUAUGACAGCUUGUGUGAUUUGGCCAAGUGGCCUUCAGUUGGAGACUGCGGUCACCAGAUGUGGUCUGCAGGUAAACCUCCUUCUCUCAGCUCCUUCGACUCUGGCUUCGACGGGGCGGCCAGCAGUCACCUGGACAGCAGGAGUAGAAGAGAGCCGCUGCAGAGGACUCUGGGACACGGAGACUCUGCUUUCAAGUCCAAACCUCUGCGUGGACAGAUUGACGAGGAGAACAUCGUGAGCGUGUCUGAUUCUGAAGACCAGCGUGAAGAGCUAGGGUUUAGUUUAAAGCGGGACUCCACUCGUGCCAGCAUUCAGAUCGUUCCCAAAAUAACCUCCGACUCUCUGAACCUUGAGAUCAAGGUGAAGCGCUCCGGCACGCUGCCCAAGAACCCCUGGCUGAGCCUCCCUAUAGAUGAUCUGGAGAGCUCGUAUACGGUCACCAUCACCCCCAGCUCCUCCAGAGGCCCGAGGAGACCCUCUCAGACGGAGGAGAUGGGGACCGCUCCAGACCAGAGUCAGCUGGAUCCUGGGGGAGACGUCCUCUCCAGUACCUUAACAGAUCUGGAAGACAAGCCCAGCAGUACCCUGGAGGAUCCUUCUCUUCUCUGGGACACCUUCGAUCUUCACAAUCUCAGACGGGACUCUUACGAACGGUUGGACGUGUCUCUCGGUGACUGGGAUCAGAGAGAGCAACAGGAGCUGAGAGAGGUGGAGGAGACUUUAGACCGAGCAGCUGAGAUACUACAGGAGGAGGAGAGCGUGCUUGCACAGGAAGUGGAGCUGGAGGAGCUGUUGAGAUCAGAGGACCUGCACAAACACUGGCCCUCAUGGACUCAAGAACAGCAGCUCCGCACAAUGUCCCCAAGAGAGCUGGCUGAGUCUGGGGUGAUCGGAUUGGACGACGAUGUCCUUCAGAGUGACCUCACUUCCCCUGACUCAGAGACGCUGAGGUCCUGUGAGGUAUGUGAAGAGGACUCGGACACCUCAGGAUUAUCUGACAGAAGUCCAUCCGCAUGUGAAGGGCCUGUGCAGUGGGACACGGGAUGUCCUGAGGAGCACAGACGCGGGAUCCUUCGAGAGCUCAGAGACAUUCAGGUUCUCGAGCAGCAAAUCCUGCAGGAGCGUGUGAAGCUGACGGAGAGUGUGGAGUCAGAGGAGCCGAGGCGGGAUCAGGUCAGGGAGAGGAGCGUGUUCCUGCUGGAGCAGGAGAAGAUGGAGAGAGCAGGCAGGGUCAAGAGGAGGUCCAGCAAACCCCACAGGGUUGUGAAGUGUUCGGUCAUGGAGAGGACCUCGGCGCUGAAAGAUCUGGACCACGAGCUGUUGAGGAGCUGUGGGCUCCAGUCGCUCCCAGACUCGGAUGAACCACAGCUUACAGACACGGAGAACACCUCCUCUGACAUGGAUUCAAACACAGAGGAGCUCUCCAGUCCAAAUCCAGCUGAUCUCACAGACUCCAGUUUAACUCCUGAGCCUGCUUCUACCACGAGCCUCGGACGACCGGACUCUGAAUCCCUUCAGUCGUCUCACCCGGAGCCGGUGGAGUCGAGUGGCUUGUCUGAGACUGGAAAACUGGAAGUUAUCCCACCCAGAGCAAGCGUGUAUCCUGAUCAUUCAGAGGAUGAAGCGUCGUCCUGUGACGGUCCAGACGGUGCAGAUCUACAGGAGACGGGUGAAGCGUGCUCGCCUCAGGACUGCAGUGAUGUGCCAGGUGCGUUUGAUCCUGGAGGCGAGAGACGUCCAUCAGACUGUGAGGAUCGGCUGGAGUCAGGGCUGUCCGUCGCCCCCUCGAAGCUGAUGCAGAACAACAACAACAACACGGCAGUGCUGAUCCCAGGACAGGCGGAGGACUCCAGCUCUGCGCUCUGUGAUGAGGUCUGUGACGGAGGAGGAUCCAUGAGAGCGGCCUGUGGAUCUCCUCUCCAGCAGCUGCACACAUCCAGCAGACAGAUGAGGGAUUAUAAGACGCCCAUCGUGCUGGACACAGGGUCUGGUCUGAUGAAGGCUGGGUUUGCAGACCAGGAUCUUCCAACCACUGUGUUCCCCACCGUCAUCGGCCGUCCCAAAUAUGAGGAGGUGAUGAACAGCAGUGUGGACCGAGAGCUGUAUGUGGGGCAUGAUGCACAGCACAUGAGAGGAGUGCUGACCCUGAAGUAUCCCAUCAGAAACGGCAUUGUGACCAACUGGGAUGAGAUGGAGAUGAUCUGGCGUCAUGCGUUCCAGCAGCUGUGUGUGUCUCCGGAGGAUCAUCCCGUGCUGCUGACCGAAGCCGCUAUGAACCCGCUGCAGAACCGGCAGCGCUCGGUGGAGCUGAUGUUUGAGGUCUUCAGCGUCCCGCUCGUCUUCGUGGCCCUGCAGGCCGUCCUGGCGCUCUACGCCUCGGGACGAACCACCGGGGUGGUGCUGGACUCGGGGGACGGUGUCAGUCACACUGUUCCUGUGUUCGAGGGCUACUGUCUGCCUCACGCCGUGCAGCGCUUGGACCUGGCCGGAUCCCACGUCACCCUGCAGCUCCAGAAGCUGCUGCUGGAGCAGGGUGUGUGUUUGCAGACGUCUGCGGAGCUGGAGAUCGUGCGGGAGAUGAAGGAGAGGUGCUGCUGUGUGGCGCUGGAUUACGACACCGAGCUGAAGAGCGCCUCAGAAGUGAACUACACUCUUCCUGAUGGGCGGAUGGUCUCGCUGGCCUCCGAACGCUUGCGGGCACCGGAGAUCCUCUUCAGGCCCGAGCUGAUCGGCCGAGAUCAUUAUGGGAUGCACGAGAGUGUCUUCAGGUCCAUCCUGCAGUCAGACAUCGACCUGCGGCGCAGUUUUUUGGGAAACGUCCUGCUGUCAGGAGGGAACACUCUGCUGCCGGGGCUCCCCGUGCGUCUGCGUCACGAGCUGCGUCUCCUGUGUCCCGUGGAUCUGAGCGUGAGCGUCUGCAGCCCGAGCGAUCGAGACUUCUCCGUGUGGCGCGGCGGAGCGACCCUGGCCAACAUGGACGACCUCUGUGACGCCUGGAUCAGCGCAGACGAGUACGAGGAGUUCGGCCCACAGAUAGUCUUCAGGAAGUGCUUCUGAGCCGUCACCCAUCUUAAGAUGCUUUUAACACUUUUAGACAGGGGUUUGUUGUUUUGGGUGCUAAUGGUGCCAAGUGUUGAUGUGAGUCUUGCAGGACUCUUCCAGAGCAUGUGUUUUUAGUUUUCAAGAGAAAAAGGACCUUUUUGAGCUCUACAUGCAUACACUGGUUGUAUCAAUCAGAUUGUCUCUCUGCCAUUUUAAUUAUAAUCUAAUCAAUCAAUUGUUUAAUAUGUAAAUGUUUAUGUUUUAAUAUGUCUAUGAGAUAUAAACGUGACCUUUUCAGUGUUUUGAUGCUUUUCCCGAGGCUCCCAUCGCAGCCAUUCCUCCGUCUGUAAUCCCAUCUGAAUCUGAUUCACAUUGACAGUGUGCUGGAUGUGCUACAGAUCCUCUCCUCCAUGUGUUCCUCAGCUGUUCCUCAGACACUGGGGGUGGGAGUGUGUGUGUGUGUGUGUGUGUGUGUGUGUUUGAUUUUGCCGAGCAGGAUUGAUUUGAUUUGCAUGAAUCUCACUUCACAUCUUUUGACUUGUAUCUUCACUUGUGUGUUUUAUCUGAGGUGGUUUUGAGCUGCAUGUGGAUCCAUCAGUGUGUAUCUCUGAGAGGUUUCACAAUGUUCAUUAGCGGAUCCAAAUCCUGUGUGUGUUCAGUUUAAAGUGCUCUGUAUGUGGCUCGGUGUGAAUGCUCGGUGAACCCAUGUGUCUAGCAUCAGUGUCUGUUAACUGGCUAAUGUCUUUCUACAAUAAAUAUGAUUUCUAAACCAGA